AGGGGUCAAUUUCGAAAUGAAAUCCGUUAGGGUACGUAAAUUAGCCGUGACGUCACAGCCGCCAUUAUGAAUCCGGGACCUUCAUCGGCUACCCUGUCUCUCGGCCUGAGCCCAGACCGAGAUUCAGAGAAAUGUAAACAAACACGAGUCAGACUUGAUAUAGGAGUGAAUUUGUUGCUUUUUCGAGGGGCAGUGGGUCUGUACAUGCGUGAGGUGGCGAGGGGCGUGGCCAAGGGGCGGCUAGCAGCGUGUGCCACCAGGGAAAUGUGUACCAACAUAAUGAAGACGCCAGGCAAGGAAGCUUACGGCAGAGUCCUUCUGGUGCGGAAGGCAUCGGGGAAGGACGCAGGGAAGUUGUGUGCCACGGAGGUUCUGAAGAAAGCGACCAUCGUACAGAAGAAGAAGAAGAAGACAACUGAGCACACCAAGACAGAGAGGCAGGUGUUGGAGGCAGUGCGGCAGAGUCCCUUCCUGGUCACCCUUCACUGUGCCUUCCAAACUGAUGCUAAACUCCACCUUAUCCUUGACUACAUCAGAGGAGGAGAACCGUUCACUCACCUUUACCAGAGAGAAAGGUUCCACGAGGAUGAAGUCUGUCUCUACGUUGAAGUCAUCCUUGCCCUUGACCAUCUGCACAAACUUGGUAUCAUCUAUCGAGACAUCAAGCUUGAAAACAUCCUCCUGGACUCGGAUGGCCACAUAGUAUUGACAGACUUUGGCCUCAGCAAGGACUUCCUCUCUCAUGAAACGGAACACAGAGCAUACUCCUUCUGUGGCACAAUUGAGUACGUGGCCCCCGAGGUGGUGCAGGGAGGAGCUCACGGCCACGAUCAGGCUGUGGACUGGUGGAGUGUGGGAGUGUUAACAUAUGAACUGUUAACUGGAGCCUCGCCUAUCACGGUGGAAGGUGAAAAGAAUAACCAGCAGGAGAUUUCAAGACGAAUCCUGAAAACACAGCCACCGUUGCCCAGUGGUGUAUCGCCAGAGGUCAGAGACUUAAUUUCAAGACUCCUCGUGAAAGACCCUCACCAGCGGUUAGGGGGAGGGCCACGGGACGCGCUAGAGAUUAAGGACCGUGUAUUUUUUAAGGCACACACCUACAUUGUGAUGGAGCUCCUUGGAGGUGGAGAGCUGGCUGCUUCAGAGGAUCAGGAAACACGAGAGGUUCACAGAGGCUCAGGCUUCAGUCAUCGUGAGGAACCUGGUGUCAGCAGUUCACUACAAGCACAGAAGAGGCAUCGUUCAUGGAGACCUGAAGCCAGACACGGGUGAAGAGUUAGGAGAGGGAGAGGGAAUAUGUUGGGAAUUAAUGGAAUGGGAGGGAAUAAAAAUAGAAAAGUGGUUGGUGUUGAGGACAGACAGAAAAGAGAAGAAAGGAAAGGUGAAAAAAAGGAAAUUUUGCAUUGAUUUUCCAUCAGUUUAUUUUAAAGAAUUUAUUGCAUGGAAUAUUAUUGAUCUCCAUAAUUUGUAUGGCCUUUAUAAACCAUGAAUUUAUUCCAUUGAGAUAUUAUCCUUCUCCGAGGCCAUUCUAAUCUAAAUGUCUUUUCACGGAAUCUCUUGUUCAAUGAUUCUUCUGAAGAUUCAGUUAUUAAGAUUCUGAUUUUGGGUUGGCACGUUUGAUGAUGCCCGACAAGGAAAAGGAUGGCAGCACGAAGACACCGUGCUUCACUCUUCACUAUGCAGCGCCAGAAGUGUUGCGGCAAGCAGUGCAGAAGGGAGCAGAUGGCUGUGAUGAAACCUGUGACUGGUGGUGGUGGAGCUUGGGUGUGAUUCUGCUAAGUCCAAAAAUAAAUCUUUAGAGGAUGAUGUCAAUGAAUGUAGCUCAUAGGAGGACCUUGUCAAGUGUUCACCAUGUUCAUCUGUGUACUAGUCUUCAUAGUUAAUAUUGUGUCCAGCUUUUAUAUUAGAUCAUCAUAUAACCUGAAGUAGAGACACUGACCUAGGGUAACAAAAAGGAAAAAAAAAAGGGGGAGAAGGAUUCACUGAGGUGCCAGUCCCUAAAGAAAGGUGAAAAUAGGAUCAUCCAAAAUUAGAGGAUAAGUGUCUUGAAACCUCCUUCUUGAAAGAGUUAAAGUCAGAGGAAGAGGGAAAUACAGAAGCAGUCUGGGAGUUCCAGAGAAAACCUGUUGUAUUCUAAUCCUUUCACUGUGACUUACUGCAAUUCACAUCCCUGAAUCCAUUCCACAAAAUAUUUACAAGCAUCUACAAGAAAAGGAUUUAGUCAAUUUUUCAACAUCAAGGCAGUAAAAUGUUUUGAGAUGGCAGUAGAACAAAUGUCUCAGAAUGGUUUGUGAUUAUUAAAAAACAAUAUGCUGAAUUGCAGUAUAAGGUCUAAGAUUUGUUAUAUGGUUAAUGCUGUCAACCCAGCAGGAGGAAGAUGUUCUGGACACCUGGUUCUCCUCUGGCCUGCUUCCCUUUGCCUCGCUGGGCUGGGCGGGUCAGGGGAGGAGAGAGACCACGCCUGACCUUGCUCGCAUCUACCCAACGACCUUGAAGACGGGUAACGGCAUCCUCUUGUGGGUGGUUCAGGUGGUCAUGCUGGGACUCAACUUGACGGAGAGGCUUCCCUUUGAGACUGUGGUGCUGCAUGGCCUCCCGUGUGAUGGUGGCGGCCACAAGACGUCAUAGUCCUGGGGCAAAGUGAUAGACCCCCUGGAUGUGAUCAGUGGUGGCGUCCCUGGAGGGACGUGGCCUCCUGUGUCCUCCGUGUUCUCGCCCGGCACAGAGGAAUCACGCAGUGAGGCGCCGGUGAGGAAUGCAAUAGACAAGCCAGCAGAGGCAAUAUUCAAGUAUCCAGCAUGUCGGCGGUCCCGUUGAUGCCGGAUAAGAGGGACUCUACUGUAUCAUUCUUUUUUAUCCUUCAUUUAUUUCUACCUCUUCCUUCUCCUCCUGCUCCUCCUCUUCCUCUUCCUCCACUUGAUUGAACAUUCCUCUUGCGUGUGUGUGUGUGUGUGUGUGUGUGUGUGUGUGUGUGUGUGUGUGUUUAAUUAGUAGUAUUAUGAGUGUAAAUAAUGUUAAGAUGAUGUGUCUUUGGGGGGAGAGGCAGGGGAAUGUAUUGUGAAGUAAUGAGUGAUGCUAUUCUAGAUACAGCUGUGAUAUUAAUGGGUUCUGGACACACACACACACACACACACACACACACACACACACACACACACACUAGGGAUGGGCCAGCAUUUCUACAUUAAUUUCACUCAUAAACAAUUUUAAAUAACCUGAGACAUCUAAUAUAAACAACGGCAAUAAAGUCACUUAACAUUGUAAUUGAUUAUCUACAUUUACACUUCUAAUAUAACUUCCUCCCUACAAAAAUCUAACAUGACAACUUCUCGUGUGAAUUAUGCUGUAGGUUUAAAUCUUGUAGGGUGAAUAUUUUUAAAAGUUUACCAAAGGGGACAUUGAAAAGUUGCAGUACAUUAGAGGCACCUAUACUGUUGAUGUCACAAGGGGUUCAUAGCUAGUCUUGGCAAUACUGGUACAAUCCUUCCGUGCUUUUAAGGGUCUUGUGUGGUCGUAUUGUUGUUGAAGCAGCCCUGUGUGUAAAUAGGUAGAUUUGCUGUUGUUAUUUAUUUAUUAUUUAUUUGUUUAUUUGUUUAUUUUAUUUAUUUAUUUUUUAUUUGAAAGUAGCAAUAUUAUGGUUCUUUUUAUUAUUAUUUUGGCUGUCCUGUGUUUGGGAUUGCUGGACUCAUAUAUAGAUGGGUAGUUUUAUUUAUUUAUUUUUUUUAUUUAUUUAUUUUUUUAUGUUUUUCUUAUUUUGUUGUUUAUUUUUGUGUUAUUUAUUUAUCCUGCCUGGCAUACAGUUAGAUUUAUUGUUAUUUUCUUGUUUAUUUGUUUAUAUUGUUUUAUUUUAUUUACUAUUUGUUUAGUUAAUGAUUUAGUGGUAUUGGUGUGUAAUACUCCUCUUUUGAGAUAGAAACACUGACAGUGUAAUAACAUUUCAUCAUAAAAUAUGCCAAUGCUGGUUGAAUUAUAAUCAUUGUCAUUCCUCAUGCUAAGCUUAUUAUUAUUAUUAUUAUUAUUAUUAUUAUUAUUAUUAUUAUUAUUAUUAUUAUUAUUAUUAUUAUGUUAUGCAUUACUCUUUUAAUUUGUGCAGGAAAUAUUAUGAUGUUUUGUUUCAAGAGUUCACAUCUAUAUAGAUUGAGCCAUCGUAUUCAUGUUUUUCAUUGUGUAGUGUUGUAAAUAUACUUUAUCUGUAAAUAAAAAAAUGUAUCAUA